UUUCCCCAUCCCCUUCUGAUCCUCUUCCCUUUUCACACACUCUUACCCUCAGAUUUAUAUUUCAUUUUCUCCCCUUCUUUCCUGCUAUCCCUCUCUUCAUUACACCCCCUGCAUCCUUCAUUCUCCUUUUCAUUUCUCUCAAAUCAGAUCUUAUUCUUUUCGGGGUCACCUCCGAACCAUCAUCCGGCAGUGUUCUGCUGCCCAUGUCUACCUGCCGAGCUCUUUUUUUCUCUCCUUCUCUCUCACUCUUCCUCUCUCCUCCUUCCACUCUCUCACUCCCUCUAUGUCCUCCCUCUCAGUUGCGCAGAGAGCAAAUCUGGCAUGUUGGUAGAAGCGCCAACAAAUUACCGGGGGAGACAUUAUAUAUAUAUUUUUUUCUCUUUUUUUUUCGCCAUCACAAAUAGUGGAUGACUAAGAGAAACAUUCAGCCAAACAAAAACUACAACUCUGGAGAGUAUGUGGACAAGGCAUGAGACAGUCAAGGUUCUGAAAGGAGCUUGAAAGGAGAAAACUUGUGGAGAACAGUUGGCGCUGCUUCACAGAAACAUGCAAUAUGAGUAAUGCCACUGUUGGAACUGGUGGACUUCAGCCACCGUGGAACUUCACAGGCUCGUCGUUCAACCUGACAGUUGAAUCUUCCUUCAAUUCAACGUGCAACAUCAGCACAAAUGACUCGACGGCUUGCCCGGUGGUGGAGGACGGUAUGGCGACGGGGCGCUCCUACAAAGCCUUGGAGAUGUUUUUCAUCGCCUUCGUCACCGGAUCUCUCAGUUUUGUAACCGUUACUGGAAAUAUUCUGGUCAUGCUCUCCAUCAAAGUCAACCGCCAUUUACAAACCGUGAAUAACUACUUCCUGUUUUCUUUAGCAUGUGCUGACUUGAUCAUUGGUGUGUUCAGCAUGAAUCUCUACACUGUUUACAUCAUUGUGGGCUCCUGGCCACUGGGACCUGUGGUCUGUGAUCUCUGGCUCGCGUUAGACUACGUCGUGUCGAAUGCUUCGGUGAUGAAUUUACUGAUCAUCAGUUUUGAUCGAUACUUCUGUGUGACCAAGCCACUCACCUACCCGACACGAAGGACAACAAAGAUGGCGGGUUUGAUGAUAGCCGCAGCCUGGAUCUUGUCAUUUAUCCUUUGGGCUCCAGCGAUCUUGUUCUGGCAGUUCAUCGUCGGACAAAGGACGGUGCCCCACGGCGAGUGUUACAUUCAGUUCCUGUCCAACCCUGCAGUCACCUUUGGGACAGCCAUCGCAGCCUUCUAUCUCCCCGUGGUUAUAAUGACGGUCCUGUACAUCCACAUCUCCUUGGCCUCCCGGAGCAGGGUCUCCAAACACAAACCAGAGAAGAAAGACAAGAAGGGAAUAAUAACUCCCAGCUUGAUCAAAAGUCACCUGCUAAAACAGAACAACAACAACGAGACAAGCCCUCAGCCAAGCCCUCGCUGCUCCCAAAAGCUCAGCGUCGACUGUGCUACUGCUGAGAGGGACGUCCUCAAAAACGGCGGAAUCGAUGACGCUGAACCAGGCCAGCCUCAUCCUCAUCCUGCAACUCAGCCUAGCCCAGGACUUACCCAGGAGGAGAAAGAGAGCUCCAACGAUUCCUCAACAGCUUUUAUUCCUUCAACAGGAGCAAAGGCCAACACAGAGGCUGCAACCAACUCCAACACCAUUUUGACAUUGACAUCAAGCAAUCCCUGCGUGUCGAAAAUAAACCCGAGUUCCAGGUGGUCCAAGAUAAAGAUUGUGACCAAGCAUUCAGGAGACGAGUGCAUCACUGCUCUGGAGAUCGUGCCACCAGUGGAUGGAGCAGAGAGGAGAUCCAUACCCAUCAGCAGACCUCGCACUGUGGCCAGGAAGUUUGCAAGUAUUGCACGGAGCCAAGUCAAGAGGAAGCGACAAAUGGCAGCGCGGGAAAAGAAAGUCACCAAAACCAUAUUUGCCAUCCUGCUGGCUUUCAUCAUCACAUGGACACCCUACAAUGUCAUGGUGCUGAUCUCCACCUUCUGCCAGUCGUGUGUUCCAGACACUGUGUGGGCCAUCGGCUACUGGCUGUGUUAUGUCAACUCCACCAUCAACCCAGCUUGUUACGCGCUUUGCAACGCCACCUUCAAAAAGACUUUCAAGAACCUCCUUCUCUGCCAGUAUAAGAACAUCGGUACCAGAUGAGUUAAAAGGAGAGUGUGAUGCUUGGUGUGGGACUGAGGGGAGAGGUAUAUCAUUGUCACAAGAAAAUGAGGAGGAGACCGAAGGGGACUAAAGUAUGAGUGAAAACAAUGACAAAGAUAGACAGAUGGGUUUGGAAAAGCCGACUAGGCGGGAGAUUUGGUCGCAAGAGCAGCUCAAAUCCAUCUGCCUGUGCAUAUAUCUGUGCACAUUAAUGACAGUCAUAUCUACUGAUGCAUAUGAACGUAGUGUGGUCAUUAAAAAAAGAAAACAAAACAGCUGGGAAAAAAGAAAAAAUGUGCAAAAACAGAACAAAAAGCUUUUUUAAUUACAGCAACAGAGGGAUAGAACCAAUGAUACCAAAUGCCUCUGUUAAACAGAAGCCUAAGCAAGACACAUGACAGCAGGUUAGCCCACAGACUCGUGUGACCCAGUGAGGUCACCAGUAGGAGUUCAAGUCCCAGGCUCUACAUUCUGAGCUGUAGUCUCCUCAGAUAAAACUGUCAGGUAGUAAACAGGAAUAUAACCCAAAUAUCAAGAGCUGUUAGAGUCAAUAGACAGAGUGAGGUUGCGAUAAUGAAAAAAAAAUAUAUAUAUAUCCCCCCCACCAUGGACACAGUCUUACAAUAAUGGAAGGUCACUACAGGGUUGUAAAGAGUCUCACACUUACAGUACCAAGAUGGUGCAUGUACAUUCAACAAUAUCAUUCACAUUGUCCUGGUGAACCUGUUUUGGUCUGUUGUAUUUAAAAAAAAAAUCAAACAAUACAAAUGAGCAUGGGAAUAACUUUGGAAUAAAAUGCAAUGGUUUUGUAAAUAUAUAUUUAUAUAUAUACUUUUUCAUAUUUAUUUAUUUUUUUUUAAAAUCAACCCUUCAUUGUUCACGCCUGUCCAUGUAGUUUCCUUCCAAAUGUCCAGACCCAAAGUAUCUCGGUGGUUUGCAUUCAUUUGAUGGAUUGGUUUAAAUCACUUUUCAUCAGCAGCUGCCAUGGCAAGUGAGCGUCUCCACCAUCUUGGAGCCUCUCAAGUGACACCUCCUCGUCCUCCUUUCCUCUGUCCAUGAGCGUCAUUGGUUGUCUUCGUCAUCCUCCUUCAUUUGGGACACUCCUCAACAUGUCUGCCUGUCCUCACCACAGGUCGAAGGCAUUCAUCCUCUAGUUUUUAGCCUUCCUGGUCUCACCCAAUGAAAACCUGAGCGUCCGUGUCAGGCUGUGUCACCGCUGGCUCUCUAACCAGUCUGUCCAUCGCCAGAACUAGAACAUUGUCAUUGGAACAUUGUCAAGGCAAACCGGAGAUCAUCUAUCUGUCUUUGGACUGGACGCAGUAACUCUUUCCUUUAUCGAUCCCUCGCCUUGGUUUCCAGCAUUCUUUCUUCUUGAAAAUUGAUGAUAGAACACUUCUCACUCAAGCAGACAUGCACUCCAUCUUCAAGAUCUGAUUGGAAGGUCUAUUUGGAGCAGCAUGGACAAAGCGACAUAGACAUUCCAGUGGAUUUUGCAAAGCUCAUAUGUAAUUUCAGGUCGGAUUGUUGUGUUUAUGUAUUGUUUUUAAGACAACUGAUCAAUGUGUCGUGGUGUUGGGGUGGGUCACUCCCUUUCAAUGAAUCUGUUGUUCCAGUAAAGAUAUUGUUGCAGCUGUGCGUUGGUCCAAAUGCAGCUAGACCUACUGAGCCAGGCCAAAAAAAAUGGGAAAGGAGGCUAAUGCUGCUGCACAAAUGUCUGCAACACUUCAUUAUAUUGGAGACACAAGACGGGACGGUCACACAAGCCAGAGCUCUGGAGAGAUCGCAGGAUAUUGAGACAAAGACGAACAUGAAACACAACGUUUUUCGAGAACAGUGGUAGGAGGGCCAGUUGGAAACUCUGAGGCAAGGAAACAGAAGAUCAGAGGACAGAGUUGUCGGGACAACCGAGCCAGAAAUGAGUUCCACGGACCAAACCACUACCACUACUCAGCUAAGGAAUCUGCGAUAUUUACAAAAUUGCAAAUUGUUUCAACCAAAAAUUUGUCUUGUCAAAGUUAACAAACAAUCUGAUACACUGAGAGAGGAAACAAAGGAAGGAAACUGUCAAAAUAAAGGCGGGACUGCAAGAUUGUUCAAUGGAGAUUUCAUCACUGAAAAGAUUGAACAGACCAUCUAAAGACGGAGAACACAGUUUUGAGUGAGCUUAAAAACAAUCGCCCACUUGGAAGCCAAAGUUAGAGCCAAGAACGUGAUGAUACACUCAGCGCCUGAAGACAUGGAAGCUGAUGACCUCAGGCUCUUCACAGAGGAGCUCACCAAGAACAAUGUGGGCUACAAUGAGGAUUUUCUGCUCAGAGGAUCGACCGGUAGAGGGCACCAGACCACGCCCCAUUCAUGUGAAAUUUCAACAGGAAGUGAAGAAAUCCAAGGUUCUCACGCCAGAAUGGCUGGUCAGAAAUGAGUCAGUCCAGGAGAACAUUCGACCACGAUGACCAACAAGUGGUUUAUAACGUCGGGAAGAAGCAAGCGGCAGUGAGAAAGAUGUAUUUGGAACUGAAGACUGAGGCAGGCAUCGUCUGCCCUGCAAUGCUGUGGCUAUACAGGGACGUGUGGUAAUCUACAAGACCCCACUGCCACAUCACCAAAGCAAGCAAUGAGGAGCACUGACUGACUGAGAGUUAGACAUUCAAAGGCCUUCAUAAAAAACGGUCAUCCAAGUGUCACAUCAUGGUUCAUCCAUGUUAAAGUGAUCAGUAUCUUUGCUAUUACUGUAUCCAUCACUGCACACUUAAGUGUACUAACAGAACUCUGCAAAUCAAUACGGACUGCUACUAAACCUGUCUGGGAAACGAUAUACAACAAUGAUAAGAGGUGUUCUUCUUCUCUCUGCUCCUUUUCCAUCCCUCAGAUCAAGUUGAUGACCGAAUUAUUUGUAUGUUUGAUGUGGGACUGAAAUAAACUCCCAUUCAUUCAUUCUUUCAUUCAUUCAUUCAAUGCCAAUUCUGAAGCCACCAUCCUCAUCCGGCAUGGGAAGAUUCCAGAAGACAACAAAUGGGGACAAGCAGUGCUCUGACACGACCAGUCCUGGUUUAAACAUGGGAAAACAAAGAAAUAGCAGUGAGUGUGCGCUCACUUUACCGUGCCUAUGGUCUGAUCACCAGACACUGAGAGCCACCGCCGUUGUCCAGUCAGCAACCUAUCUACCGAAAAAGAGCUAUUUCUGCAAAACAGCAAACCAACAAACCAUCAAAAAAGUAGUAACCUUUUUUUCCGAUAUGUUACAAAAACUGAAUAUAACUAACAGAAGUGUCCUUUUAAUUCAGCGGCGCCCAUUACAUUGAACACAACCAACCGGUCGAUCGGCCAGGCACAGGUAGAUCACACAGCCAUGCGCUGAGUUCGGGUCACCGAGUUCCUACAUAUGCCCGUGACAGCCGUCUCGCUGACGACCAGUGAGUCGCUGUUUGUCCCCGGUGUGUCCACCAUCAUCGCUUUUGACAAGAAAGCAACCCAUUUAAAGGUAUACAUCUGCCCUUUGACCUACAUCCGCC